AUGACUGUGCGUCAUCGCUACGGAUACAUCGGCGUCUUCGGGGACGAGAUUGAUACGUACGCAAAGGAAGCAAGCGAGCAGGAGCAUGUGGACAUGCCUCACACUGCUCCCUACCACAUGACCUUAAUCGCCAAAUUUGAAAUCCAGCAGCUGGUACUAGAGAAUCGCAUCAGCCUGGAGGGUCUGGUGGAGGAAGCGCAACAGUUGGAAUCAAGAUCCAUCUACCCGCUGGGGGUCGGCGGGGAUCCCAAGGGAGUCUGCUGGGUGGUCAUGGUGUGGAACGCCGGCAACAUCUUCAGGAAGAAACUUGGCCUGCCUUGCAAGCAGUUCCACAUCACUCUCAGCAAAGUCGAUGAUCACAAUGUUGACAAGGGAGUGCGAUCACUUAGAGACGAGGGGUUUACAGCAAGACUGGAUUCAAGUCAGAUGGAUCACCUGGUCGUCUCCUGCAACCUCGGCGGCGAGUCCUUGCUCGCCUCCUGCUACGCGCGGGAAAUGUGCGCCAGGUUCCCUGAGGUAGGAAAGGGCUGGAUCCGACUCGGAGACUGUGCUCGGCAGGAAGGAGCUAGCAAGCUUGCGAUGCUAGCGUAUGCUCGGAGCCUGCUGUGUCCCCAGGAGAGCGCGAGGCUCGGGGACUACUGCGCCAAGAAGCUCUUGCAGUGCUCUCUUGAGACGGGGUGGGGAUGCUUGUUCGGAGACAACGAGUAUGAGCAGAUCCCCGACGAGCUGAGAAGCCACCUCCUCUCUCCCUGGCCACGGUCGCUGCGGGAGACGGCCAUGCGCAUCUACGAGAGCAACGCUCCUCUCCUUGUCAGCACUCCUCGCAUACACCUGCAGGUCCCGCUGGUCAACGUAGGGAGGGCCAAGGCCGAGGCAGAGCUCUUCUCUCUCCCCCGCUUCUUCAGCUGGGUCGUCCCUUACUUCCUAGCUGGCAUGUCCACACCGCGUUGCGAGGCUGACGUCGUUGCCUUGAGCUCCCCGCACGUCGGCGUGCGCCAUGUGGUGACGCUGACCGAAGAGGAGCCGCUUCCGGAGGAGUGGUUCCAGGGCAAGACCGUCUCGCAUACUCACCUGCCGAUCAGCAACUACCGAGCUCCUUCCAUCGAGCAAGUCGACUUCUUCCUCAGGCUCCUCAACGACCCGACCAAGACGCCGCUGCUCGUGCACUGCGGGGGUGGCAAGGGUCGAGCUGGGACGUUGCUUGCAUGCUACCUUGCCGUCUACGGAUGCCAGCCCCCUGCGACUCAAGAUUGGUCUCAACCCGCCAUGUCAGCCGGGGAGGCCGUCGCCAUGAUCAGGCAGCUUCGGCCAGGAAGCAUCGAGACGGAGGAGCAGGAGAAGUUCGUCCACACCUUUGUGAGCGCAGUGUGGAGGAGGCAGUCGGCGCUGGCCGAGCUGCCAGAGGAGCCCCAGGGGAUCUCGCUGGAGGUGGAGGGGGCAGUGGACGAGAACGCAGACCUGGUUAUCUUGUGCGGCCUCCCUGGCUCAGGGAAGUCACACGUGGCGAGGAUGAUGGCGCUGCGAGACGAGCGAUGGCUGGUGGUGUCUCAGGACGAGGCUCGAUCCCGCGACGCGUGCGAGCAAGAGGUGUCGAGGCCCGGCAAGCACGGCAAGGUCAUCCUUGAUCGCUGCAACCCUGACCGGGAGGACCGCCGGCGCUGGCUGGCGCUGGCGCAGUGGGCGAGGAAGCCGAUCUGUGUGCACUUUGACUACGAGCAACAGCUGUGCGUCGCUAGAGCACAGCAGCGGAUUGACCAUCCCACCCUCACCCCCGGACGUCGCGUGCUGACUGCGAUCGAGGCGAUGGGGAGGAAGAUGGAAGCGCCUGGUCUUGACGAGGGGUUCGUGGGGGUCUGCCGCGUGCGGUCCUUGGAUGCCGCCAACGAACUGAUAGGGCGGCUGACGCCGAUGCGGAUCUGCAAGUUCGUGAGGACGGGGCACCUGAUCAAUCUCGGAGCAGCGACGCCCGACGACAUCCUGCUGAAGCUGCCGAGCUCGGGGACAGACGUUGUCAUCACCGAGAAGGUGGACGGAGCGAACCUGGGCUUUUCCCUCUCCAACGAGAGGACUAUCCUUGUGCAGAACCGUUCCCACUACAUCAACGCUGCUACCCACGCUCAGUUCCGCCCUCUCUCCGACUGGGUGGAGGACCAUAGGGAAGGCCUGUACCGCGUCCUCGAUCGCGAUCCCAGCUUCCCCGAGAGGUACAUCCUCUACGGGGAGUGGCUUGUGGCUACCCACUCCAUCCCCUACACGCGGCUGCCCGAUCGCUUCCUGGCCUUCGACCUCUACGACCGCAGCAGCAGGAGCUGGGCGGACCGAGACUCUCUCGCGCUGCUGCUGGAAGGGACGGGGAUCCACAUGGUGCCUGUGCUGUACCGGGGGCAGCGACCGAGCGAGAGCCGCCUGCGGGAGAUGGUCCAUUCGCCCUCCAGCUUCUACGACGGGCCGGUGGAGGGGAUCUACGUGAAGGAGGAGGAGAACGGCCGCGUGCUGAGCAGAGGGAAGAUCGUUCGCGCGGACUUCACGGCAGGGAUAAGCGAGCACUGGGAGAGAGCGCCGUUGAGGAAGAACGGGAUCGUCCGGGAAGGGGAGGAGGAGGACGGCGAGGAGGAGCUCGGACGAUGA